UUGGCGUUUUGGAGAUUUUAUAGAGUAAUUCAUCAUCUUAAGAUUUUUGCACAAAUGACUGUGGUAUGAUCUCAAUACACAGGCAGGAUAAUGAGUUGGUGGAAUGCUAGCAACUUCUCCGACUUUGCCUCUCAGGCAAUUAAAACAGCUCAGGAGAAAAUCGACAAAGUCCUUGAUAUUGAUGAGGAAGCAUUAAAGCAGUCAAAAUCAUCUGCUGUUAAUAAACCUUCGAAGAAAGAAACAUCUACACCAGAAACAAAGAAUGAUUUCUGGAACACAUGGAUGCCUUCCUCCCAGACUGAGGAAGAAGAGGGAGGGGCCAAGGAGGAAGGGGCUAGGAGUUCCUGGUCUAUGCCCUGGGGCUCAGUCCAUGAAGAUGUCAAGCCCAAGUCAAAAGAAAAAAGUCCAACUUCUCAAACAACUUCUGAAAGCAACGAAAAGAAGCAGAUAGCAAAAGACCCAGCAUCUACUGAUGUAAAACACUCAAGUGUUAGUCAGAUAACAAGUCAUGCUGCAAAGUUAGAGGAGAAAACUUCAAAACAUACUGUAGAUAAGGAUAUGGAAAGUAGUUCUGGCAAUGACAAGAAAGUGGUAAGCAGCAUUCCUGUAGUGGAAAGUAAAGAAAAAGUGGAGAAUUGGGAUUCUUCAUCAGCUUGGACUAGUGAAUCACUUGUAGCCUGGCAAGGUGAAGGUCAAGAUGUCAGUGGUGACCUUGACCUAGAAAAUGCACAACAUAAAUCAAUACAAGGUGAAGGACAAGAAUUAAGGCUUGGGUCAAAUUUUGAAAAGUCAUAUCAAGAAAAUAAAGAAAGUUUGACUGAUAUUCCUGCUGACAAUAUUGAAUCUAAAACCAUAAAAAAUGUUGAAGGAUUGGAUUUGCAAAAAGAGGAAACCAAAAAAUUGCCACCAGAAGAUGGUGACCAGAGUAUUAGUUUUCCUAGUAAGAAGGGAUUAAAUCAGGAGGUGUCAGAUUCUCUGCUGGAUGAUAAAAGUGGUGACAGUAAGACAGAUAAGUCCAGUAGUGUAUCUGUGAUUGAAUCUACAGAGGGAGUAAUAUCUCUCAGUGAUGACAGUGAUCAGGAUGGCAAGUGUGGUGUCAAUAUGACUGACCAGUCCAGCAGUGUAUCACUUGUACAGAUUGAUUCUACAGACAAGGUUCUCUGUCCUGGUGAAGGAAGUGAGGACUAUUCAAUAGAUUUAGAUAGUGUUGUGAUUCAGUCAAGUGACGAUAAAGAUUCAGAAAGAACUUCAUCUGUGAUAGACCCUGAGGUAAAUCCAACUCCAGCAGAAUCUGAAUUGGAAAUAUGUGGAAAUAUUGAUUCUGAUAAACAGGAAGCACAAAAUGAUUCGACCACAUAUGACAAUGAAGAAAAGGAUUCUGAAACACAAAAUAAAAAAGAAAUACAUUUUGGGGAACUUCCAAUUGAUUCAGGGAAUAUUGAAACCAAAAAAAUGGAUGUGAAAGAAACUAUGGUUACUGGAGACAAUGUUCUAGUCCAGUCAUCUGUGUCCAGUGGGUCAGGUGAAGGAGCAAUGGAGGAAGCGGAUAAAGAUCGCGGAAUCACUGAAACAGAUGUGUUAGAAAGCUUAGGAAGUGUACACAGUCCUUCUGCUUGUAGCUCAGUAUGUUCAUCAGACACUAGUAAACUGGACAGUAGCAUGGACACACAUACCUCCGAAGAUACUGUUGUGGACAAUCGUGUAGAAGAGGAGGCGGCAGGGGAGAUUAGUCAGGAGGAAGAAGUCGGUGCAAAGUUGGUAACUCCAGAGGAUUCUAGUUUAAAAGAUAUGACUGUUAAGGAAACUGUAGACUCCAGUCAAGUUUCUCAGGAGGAAGCUGAUGGACGUGAAUUGACAGAAUUCCAAGAAGAUUCUCAUAAAAUCACUGACAGUAUGUUUAGUGUGUCGUCAAGUAGUUCGUAUGUAAAAUGUAUGAUCGAGGAGGCGAUGGAGGAUAAUGGCAGAAGUGAAGAUAAUAACAGUGACUGUCAUUCUACAGGAGGUGAAAAAUCAGAGUGUUCUAGAAGUACUGGUGGACAUGAAUCGGGGGAUGAUAUUGACACAACAACAUCAUCCGAUAUUGAAAUAAUCUCUACGCCGAAUUCAAUGAAUAAUGGGGAUAUCAACAAAAUGGUAGAUCUGUCGCCAUUGAAAAUUGCAUUACAGAAAACAGCUCGACGAGAAAGUCCUACUCAUAGAAGAACAGACAGUGCCUCAAGCUCAAGUACCCAGAGUCGAGAAGGUCAGGCUGAACAACUGAGUCCUGGUCGAGAUAGUUUGGAGGAUGACAGCCCGUAUGGUGAGAACAGAGAUCUGCCACUAGACAAGCAAAAGCUGGCUCCAGUUCGUGAAGAGAAAGGAGACCCAUAUAUGAAUCAACAGAAAGUGUUAAAAAAAAUGGCUGAAAUGGCAGAAGUUAUCCAGGCAAGAGAAAAUAAACUGUUACAGAUGAGUAAAGACAACAAUGACUUGAUGGAGACUAACAGUAUCUUACGCAAUCAGUUACAGCAGCUGGAAGAAUCACGGGAACUUGAGCUAGAGGAUGUGAGCAAGGUUUCAUCAGAGUUUGCAAGCAGAAUUGCAGAGUCAGAGAAAAAGCUGAACAGUGUCAUACGGGAAAGAGAUACAGCAAGAAAAGACCUACAAAAAUCUCAAGAUGAUUUUUCUAAAAGAGCAAGAGGAUAUGAGUUAGAAAUAGAAGAAAAAAAUCAACAAAUAGCAGAAUUAUUACAAGAAGGUGAAAAGUUAUCUAAACACCAGCUACAGAGUAACAACAUUGUUAAGAAGCUGCGAGUAAAGGAGAAGGAAAAUGAUGCCCUGUUAACCAGCCAAAAAAAUCAGAUAGACAAUCAAAAGAAAGAGCUUGACCACCUGAGAACUGUCUGUGAAUCUAAGGAUACGAUGGAGAAAAAACAGACAGAGGGCAUCAAUCAGCUGAACUCUGCAGUUCAGAAACAGGAGAGGGAAAUCUCAAAAUUAAAGGGAGAGCUGACAGAUGCCCAGGAGAGAGUGCGAGGCUUGCAGGCAGCCCUGGACAACUCCUACAAAGAGAUUGCGGAGCUUCAUAAAUCUAAGGCAGCACAAGAUAGUAAGGUGCAGGAGAAUGCCCUGAGUUUGGAGAUGUCUGUCCGUGAGGAACUUAAGGCUACACUCACUAAAGAACAGUUCAGCUUCAAACAGGAGAGGGAGGCCCUUAUAGCUCAGAUUGAGGAUCUGAGAAUGAGUAUGUCUCGAAUGGAGAAAGAACAUAAUCGCAGAGAGGAUCUGCUGAGACAAGAAAUUUCUGAUCUUCAGAUGCAUUUACAAGAAGAUGAGGCAAGAAAUCAGGAUGUGACACAGACGGUAACAACAGCCACCCGACCUCUGUUGAGACAGAUUGAGAAUCUCCAAACUACUUAUGCUGCACAAUCUUCAUCCUGGGAGAAACUGGAGAAAACUCUUACAGACAGGAUAGUUGACAUUCAGACCCAGCUGACGAUCGCUGUGGAAAAGGAAAGAUCAGCUAGUGAAAAUGUGAUUGACCUUACAUCUAAUGUGACUGCCCUGGAGUCCCAGAACUGUCGUUUGCGCCAAGAGAAGUCACAACACGUAGCUCAACUAGAGAUGCUGAAGACACGUGUUGAGGUGUUGGAGGAUGCAAAAAAUAGUGAAUCUGCUCAAAUUGAGGUUAUUAAACACCAGAUGUCUCAAGAAUUAUCUGAAGUCAACAAGGAAAAGAUGUUUUUGGAGACACAGCUAGACAUGGAAAGAACUAAGUUGGACCAGGAGAAAAAGAAGUUAGCCAUAGCUCAGGACCAGAUAGCACAGCUGGAACGAGAAGUUCAGAGACCUCACUCUCGUGGGUCUGUAUCUCCCCAGAAUGUCCAGCGGAUGGACAGUAUGUCAAGCUUUGGUGAGCCGCCUGCUCUCAACACAUCUUUUACUCAGGAUGACCUUGAAAGGAACUUUCUGUUGUCUCCUGGGAGUAGUGGACUUGGAAGUCUGACAAAGUCUAGUCUAUAUGACAAUAUUAGACAGAGUGGUGCUGCCAAUCUGCUGGAGAACUUACAGUCCCAGCUAAAACUUCGAGACGGGGAGAUUGUACAGUUACAGAGUGAGAUCCAACAGCUUGAGAGGACCAGGGAAUCCAUGGCAAGAGAACUGGUUAAUCUGACCAAUCAGAACGAAGAUCUGAAGGGCCAGGUUGUAUCAUUGCCAGAGAUAAAGAGCCAGAUGCAGGACCUAAAUCAGCGAUACAAUGCCAUGCUACAGAUGUAUGGCGAGAAAGUGGAGGAAGCAGAAGAGCUUAAAAUGGAUCUACAUGAUGUCAAAGAGAUGUACAAAACUCAGAUUGAUCAUUUACUGACCAAGUGAGCAGUCUAGAAAAAGGUGUGAAGUGCAAUAGCUGUGAGAUGUUGUAGGAUCUCUAAACCAACAUAUCUCUCAUAUUUCAAUAGCAGCGUGGUGUGAAGGUCAAAAUAGCAACAACACAAAUAGCCACUAUGAAUUUACACCAUUCUCAAGAUGACAAAAAUUUGUGAGUGAAGCGGAUACCACUGAGAUAAUACAUAGACUUUAUCUUCCUGAAAUGCAUUUCUAAAUUGAAUACAUGUAAUAUGCAAAAUAAAAAUCCAAUGUGUAAGAAAAAGGUGAAAACGUUUUGUAAUGACUGAUGUGGUUUUGAUUACUGGUGAUAUGUUUAGUGCCAAUAUUUUCUGAUUUUGUCAGAUUUAUUUGUUGUGGUUUCUGUCUUGUAUAUUAGAUUAUUUGUUACAUUUUAUAUGUAAUAUUACAUAUGUAUAUAAAUGUAUUUAUUAUGUAUCAAGCUCAGAACUACAUGGCUGUGUUGACAGGAUAUGCUGCGGUAAUAGCACUAAUGUUAAAGGGACAAAAUGGUUAGAUUUCAUUAUUUUUCCCCAUGUGUUUGAUUACAGGCAAGCAUUGUAAUACUUAAAAUUAGACUCCUCACAAAAUUAUAACACUCUCUGAGAGAAAUUAAUAAAGAUUAUCAGCUUCAAACUAAUGGUAGUGGACACUCGCUGUUGUGUCUUACCACACACCGCCAUUUUGAUAUGAUUACUUACUAAGUAUAAUUAUGUAAUUAGCCAAAACUUCAUUUGACAUGUUUCAAUUCGUACUUUGUAAAAUAAACAUUUUGUUUCGUGCGUGACAGAGCAUGCACAAAGACAUUGUUUACACUUUCUGAAUGAUAAUGAUAUGAAUUAGUGUUGGGUCACUCCUAUUUUUAAUUUUUUGAUGUUGUUAAUAAAAUGGCUAUGCAAACUUUAAGAUAUUAUAAUUAACAGAAAGUACACAAUUUUUAACAGAUAUUUAAAUGUUAUAAUACUUUUUAUCAGUUAUGAAAUGAAUAUUUAACCAUUUAGUCCCUUUAAAAGAAAUCAGAGGACAAUUUCCAUGAACCAUCUCCUAAUUUGUUCCAGUUUAAAAUUUAUCAACAAGGUGUUUCUACAAGAUCCAUUUUUAUGUCAGCCAGCUGUCCUUUUUAGCUGUAAUGUGAUAAUUAACAUAAAGUUGUUUAAUGAUAUGACAAAUGCUUCAGAUUUCCAUCAAAUAAAUUGUUUACAUUGGGCAUUUUUUCUUGCGCUUAAAGUAUAUCCCAAGAAAAUCCAAUAUUUCAUAUCAUUCCUAUAAUAGUUUUAUACUGGGUUUAUUUUAAAGAACAGGUAAUUGAUAAUUCCCUGACAAGUCUCGGAUUUAAACAUUAUAACUGUGAAUGGCCACCUCUUUCCUCCUCAGCUGUAGUUUGAAACUGCUCAUACAUAUGGGAUCGAUUGAAAGUGUCAAUCGAUAUAUGGAUUUAAUACUUCAGACUUGUUUCAAAAACCUCAUAGAAUAAGAUCUCUUGUAUUAUCAUAUAUAGGUAUAAAAUUCUCAGACUUUCUCUAAUCUCAUAAAAUGAGAACUAUAUAGUUACAUGCAUAUGCUAUUGGUGAUACACAUUUUAUUUAAAACCUUACUAAAGCAAUAACACAUCCAUGGUUUAUAAAGAUCUGUCUGACUGGAAAUAUUAGGGUUAUUGCACUGAUUUGUUUGGGAAAUUUAUCAUGAGAUCUUCAGAGUAGAUGCCAUUAGGUGCUAUAGCACUACUAAAUUGUGUACAUUCCAGAUAUAAUAAGAGCCUAUUGUGUGUAGUGUAACUAUUAUAGACAUACUGUGAUAAAUUGAAGUUAUCUUUUACUAGGAUAUGUUUUAAUGAACUCAGAAUUGAACUGAAUUUUAAAAGUUCUAAUCUGCAAGCAAAUGUGAAUUUCCUGACUUGAAAUUUGAUAACCUUUGAUAUGAGCUUGAGUGCUCAGUAGAGAAUACAAGUAUAUUAGAUUUACCUUCAACUGUAGUGCUACACAGGUAUAUGUUUAUAUAAUAAACAAUAUAUAUACAUGGCUGUGUUUACGUAACAAAUGUAUCCAUGUAAUGUAGUUGAACUACUUUGUGUGAAGAGUCCUAUAGUAAUAUCAAUCGGUAAUGAAAGUCCCUGUUGGCAAUGAUAGAAGCAAGUGCUGACAACUUGACAAUAAUUUCUGAUUAAGCUUACUUUUUUAGUAGAUUGCAGUGUAGAAGUUAUUUAAAAUCUCAGUAUAACAGCAUUCCUUAUAUUGUAGACUGCAGAGCGUUUAGUUCCUGUCUUUUGUAAGGGAUUCUUGUAGUCAAGAAAAUUGCAGCAGUGUGAUUACAGUGUACUAUACCUAUCAUAUUGAAAGUUCAAGGAUAUUGUGGAUAAGUACUCUAAAAAAUAUCAUACAAUUAUUUGUGAUGCUUUGCUUUUAUUUACAAUGGGUAAAUUAUGAUGAGGGAACUUUAGUUGGAAGGCUUCAUAUAUCAAAUUGGAAAUUGAGUUAUACUAUUUAAGUACAGAAGGGAAAUACUUAUUUUUACCUUGAUUUUUAUAAAUUACUUUUUGUCCUGUAUUCUUGGUCACUGAUGAUCAAAACAUGCUUUUUAUUAUUUAUUCUAUGGUUAAAUAAUACCAUUGGUGAGAUUUAGUAUGAAUGUGAAAGGUUUCAAAUGUGUACAAAUAAAUAUGAGGUUGUUUGACAGGUCUCAUUAAAAUGUGGGAAGUAAAUGAUUGAAUAUAGAA